AUGCAGGAAACAUGUUUAGGUAACCUCUGUUGCAUUGUGAGGCCUCGAUGUAUCUACGUUAAGAUUGCGGUGCCGGGGGUGCAAAUUUAUCAUACGAACAGGGCGCCAGAAUCUCCGGCCAAGGAGGCGGUGAUCGAGGCCUUAACUGGCGAUCUCCGCGACCUUUUGGACAGGAAGAAGGUUUACAAAGCACAUCAUCACGGACCUGGAGCAUUUAUACAAGCACAUGAAAAGCUCAAAGCGCAAUACUUUUGCAUACUCGUGCGGCGUUGUCCGAAGAUGAGUUGCAUGUUUCGUGGCACGCGCUUGGACGUGCGCAUUUUCAUUUGGUGUGGCAGGUCCUUGCAUGUCCUGACUGCAGUACGCCCCUCCGCAUCUGCCAGCUCAGUUUCCAAGUGUGACUGCGGCUUGUCCAUUCGAAAACGCAAACAACUUUUCGUGGUCCGCAGUUUUGUUUCUCACAAAUGA